AUGCCAGCAUCAACACGAGAAGCAGCAGCAACUUCUCCCUCAUUAGAGAACUCCACCGCUGACCCCCUAUCCGGAGUCGACACAAUCAUUGUAAUCGAUAAUGGAGCACACAAUAUUCGCAUAGCCUCCAUACCCUACCCCCUUCCCACCUCCCUCUUCCCCUCUUCCUCUUGGUCCAGCAUCGACACUCGCACGCUCCUCUCUUCCAUCCCUAUCGAAGUAUACCCCAAUGCCAUCGCCCGUACACGCAUGCCUCACACCAUUCCCUCUCACUCCUUUCCAACCGCAACCGCACCAGCCCCAGGAACAAAGACAUCGAUCUUCGUCUCAUCCCACAUUCAUUCUCUCCUCGACGACUAUGCGGCUUUGCAUCUUCGACUACCGCAUCAGAGUGGAGUGAUUGUAGAUUGGGCUGCGCAAAAACGGAUUUGGGAUCAUGUUCUGACGAAUCAUCUCGUAAAGACUGAGGGCGGGAGUGGAAGUGGAAAGAAAGGCAAAGGCAAGUUGUUGGCCGGCAAAGCAGUGGUGAUUACGGAAGCGUAUCUAAACCCAGAACCAGUACAGUCUGCGAUAGACUUGAUGCUGUUUGAACAGUAUGGUACACAAGCUGUUUGGCGGACGACUAGCGCUGAUUUGAUUGGGGUCGGAAGUGACGUUUUCUCGCCUUCAAUACCACCCCGUCCUAUCACACCGCCGGAGGAGGUAAAAAUAGAGUCAACCGCAACCUCGUCUUCUUCCAAACCACCUCUCCGCCCAGCCCGAAGUUCGGACGCGACAGAGCCCUCCCUAUCCCGCAUAAGCUUUCCCUCUCGUCCGCAGUCGCUGCUAGUAGUAGAUUUAGGCUACUCCUUCUGCCACGCUAUCCCCAUCAUCAACUCCCAACCUCACACCGCUUCCAUCCGCCGUCUGGAACUGGGCGGAAAGAUGUUAACCAAUCUGUUGAAAGAGACGCUUUCGUUCGGACAGCUGGAUAUGAUGGAUGAAAGUUGGCUCAUGUCUCAUAUCUUUGCACGCACUUCUUUUGUGGCUGCCGAGGUCGGCAGGAGGGUCUACGGGGGGAGAGAGAGGGUGGAGAGCGAAUUGGAGAGGAUAGGGGCAAUGAGUGCCGGUGAGUGGAGUUAUGAAGAUUUGUUACUGUUGGAGAAAUACCGUGGGAGGUAUAAAGAGAAGGGAGGUGGCAAGCAGGUGCGGUUGGAGUGGAGGUUGCCUGAUUACGGAGGAAAUAGUAGGAGAGGGGAAAGGGAGAGGGAGAGAGCAAGAUAUGGGUUCAUUGUAGAUGGGCCUAAUCCUGCGAAAGCUGGCGAGAGGCAAGCGAAGAGACAGAAGCUGGAUAAGGAGGAGGUUGAUUGGGAUUCGGCCUUCAUCGCUUCUUCUUCCUCAUCUUCUCACACAAUCCCGAAGAAGGAUGGAGAGGAAGAAGAAGAGGAGGAGGAGAGAGAGGACCUUCAAUCACUGACCCUAUCAUCCGAACGUUUCAGCAUCCUGGAAAACCUGUUCAACCCUUCCGCCCUCUCUCUGGAUCAAAAGCCCCUCCCUGAACUCAUUCUCGACUCCAUCACCUCCCUGCCCGCCUCUAUGGCUAGUGCAGGGGAUAUGAUGUGGAGCAACAUAGUUCUCACCGGCGGUCUAUCGAACGCAGUAGGCAUGAAAACAAGGUUAGAGAAGGAACUUCGACCGCUAGCACCGAGUGAUGUGCCCGUGCGCAUCCUUCCAGAUCCUAGAGAGGAUAGAAGUUUGUUACCGAUCCAAGCUGGGGUGCUGUGGGCGGUGGAACUAAGCGCAAGAGAGGCGUUGAGGCGAGAUAGGAGAGGAGAACAGAAGGAAUCGGCGGGGAAGAAAGGAGCGAGGAAAGGAAAAGGUAGAGGUGGCGGGAGGAAGAGUGUAAGUCUUGCCCCUGCCGACCGAGAGGAUGAGGAGGAGGAAAGAGGGGAGAAGGGGAGAUGGAUGACAUAUGCUCAAUGGUCUAAUCCUCCGACCGUCGGAGGCGCUGCGGCAGGCGAGGUUGAUAUUGUUAAGGCUGCUAACUCUGUGUUCUACCCUGCAACACCCGCAUUUGCACUCGGCACAAAGAACAGUAGAGCAUAA